AUGUCCCAUUACGGGAAGCAACAGCCAGGCCCAAUCCACGGGUAUGAUUCAUCCCGUGGGUAUCAGGAUGCCGGGUAUCAGCAAUAUGGAGCGCAAGCCUAUCCUGCGCAGCACGGCAGUGCAGGUCAGCUCACCGCAGCCCAGAUGAACCAGGAAGCUUUUGCGGCCAAUAGUGCGGUUGGCUCGUACAUGCCUGUCAGUGUAGGUCCAUCGGUGGUAUCAAGUCAACCAAGUUCUGGAAUGGCGGGCACCAAAGUGCAGGUCAAGAUCAACUCGCCAUACGAUCUACUCACUGUCGCGCCUUUCUACUCCCUCGUUUUCGGCGUGAACAAGGUGCAGGCACAACCCACCAAAGAGUCCCAGGACAGCAACGGGUACAUGUUCACUGUCUCGGCCGAUGCACCGCCAUUUGUGGUCACCAGCUGUGCCAACGAAAACGUGCCAGUUUUGGUGCUGAUUGAAACAGAGAAUGGCGAAGAAGUGUUCAAGGCGGCAGCGGGUCAAUUUGUAUAUCACGAAGCAGGCCCAGGUGCUAGCUCAGACGACAUCACGAGGAAGGUGUCCAAGUCACCUGAACAGCAACAUCAGUCCCCCAGGUCAGCAAGCACUCAGCUCGGCAACGAAGCCAGUACAAAUACGUACGACUUUGCUACAGCUCCGCAACAACCUGCCCAGUCUCCCUAUGGAAACUCAUUCUCGCAAGACAAUAACAAUAACAACAUGCUCAGUGCUUACCGAACCAACUCCUUCCCGGAGCAGCAUUACGCCCGGGCGGUGCCCCCGCCGUUGCGGCCGCCAAUGGCCGGAUGGCAAGCAUACGGACGAACGCCCGGCCCCCCCAUCACGCACACGCAGAUCUCCCGUCCUAGCUUGACGCCGCUGCCCAUGCCAUCUGCCACGAUGCCUCUGCUUGUUAGGACAAGCUCGAUCCCAAGCUCUCCCGGAGGCGGACAGCAGUCUGGAUACAAUCAUUGGGGAUCUUAUUCAAACAAGGCUCAACUGAAGAUUGUUGGCAAGCUCGACACCAUGUCUAUCGACUGGUCUCCCGAGGAAUGGUCGAACCGAAGACGCAUCGUCAUGUUUAGUAAGAAACAGACGGGACCGACGCUCACGGCGACCUUCCGACCCGUCAAUGUCAAUGAGAGACCACCCAACAGCAUCUGCAUCAGCUGCAUCUGGUGGGCAGAAAAGAACGAGUGCUACGUCACAUCUGUGGACACUAUCUAUCUCUUGGAGCAGCUUGUCGUCGCUCCAGCCAGGUUCACCGUGGAGGAGAAGAAUCGCAUCCGUCGCAACCUUGAGGGCUUCCGGCCUCUGACAGUUAGCAAGGCCAAGGCUGACUCGGAGGAAUUCUUCAAGAUCAUUAUGGGAUUCCCGAACCCGAAGCCGAGGAACAUUGAGAAGGAUGUCAAAGUUUUCCCGUGGAAGAUUUUGGAAUCGGCGCUGAAGAAGAUCAUUGGCAAAUACAGCGCUAGCCCCUCAUCGACUCUUCCAGCCUCGCACCUUUUGACGCCCACACCGGUCAACGCGUAUCCUCCGCCGCUCCCGACGCCGCCAGCCCCAACUGUUGCAUCGGACCAUGGUUGA